AUGGAUAAAUACCAACCAAUAUUACCAAAUAAUCUUAAAAUACUUUCAAAACCUAUAAAUGGUACUAAUACCAAUAUUUCUAAUAAUAAUAAUAAUAAUAAUAAUACCAAUAUUGGUAUUAAAAACAAUAAUUCUAAUAAUAAUAAUAUUUCAAUAAAUUGUGAUAACACACAAUUCCAAACUAUAUUAAGAGAAUUAAAAAAAAGAGAAUUCCAAAAUAAAACUAGAAAACCAAUUAAUAAAAAAUUAAAUUCAAGUAAUAGCAAUAACAAUAACUAUAAUUUGAAAAUUGAAGAUAAUUUUAUAAAUAAUAAUAAUAAUAAUAAUAAAAAUAAUAAAAAUAAUAAUAAUAAUAAUAAUAAUAAUAAUAAUUCAACAGAAUAUUUCGUUCCAAUAAGUCAUAAUAGUUCAUCAACUAUAUUUUAUAAACAUUUAAAUGUUUAUUUUGAUAAUAAUACUACUACUGAUAAUCAAUAUUAUAAUAAAAACAAUAAUUAUUUAAAAAAUAUAUAUUCCAACAAUAAUAAUAAUAAUAAUUUUAAUAAUUUUGAAAAUCAAACAUCAACACAAAUUAAAGUUCAAAAAACUCCAUCAACAUUUUAUUGUAAUUUAUUAAAAAAUAAAUCAUUACCACCAUUACCAAAAUCAAAAAGAAUUUAUAAAUUAAAUGAUGACUGUGUUGUUCCAUCCAUAUAUACCGAAAUUGGAGAAUUCUAUUUAAAUAAACCAAAGAAAACUUCUUCAAUAAGUCUACCAAGUAUAAAUCAAAUUCAAACUUACUCUUGGUCUUCUCUUGAACUUCCACCAAUUGACGUGGAUGCUGAAAAUUAA